AUGGACUCAAUUUUGAAAUUAUCUUUUCGUCAAACAGAUCAACUUCUUCGUCUAACGAAAACGAUUCUACAUGCCUAUCGAUUGCAACGUGUUCUUGCCAAUGAUAGUCUUAAUCUUUUCGAAAAGAAAACAAAUGAUCACUGUGCUUUUUCACAUGAUUUAUGUAAUGAACUUCGAUUGAUACAAAAGCAACUACAUUCGACUUGUUUUCUACUUCAACAAGCACUUUAUCGGUUGCAAGCGUUGAGACAAAACCGAGGGGAUGUAUCCAUUCGAAUCCAGAAGAGUAUUCUUAACCGAUAUGAAGAAUAUCUUGCUCCGCAAUUGAAGUCGACUCAACAAACUAUUUCAUCGAUUAUCGAAGAGAAUAUGUUAACGAAUUCUCCUUUGAACACUCUUCGACAAUUGUUCAAACAGAUUCAAGAAAAUUUCGAUAUCUUUCUUGAGUUUAUUUCUCAAAUGCCAACUUUGAAAAGUACACUCUAUCUGGGAAGUUUAAUUUCGGAUACACUGGAACGAUUUUAUUUGAUACUCGGGACACUUGCUCGACUUGUUAAUGACAUUGAAGAAUUCGAACUUGAAUAA